AAUGGGCCGAUCAGUCGGAGUCGUCGCCAAAUGGCUCAACCACAAAGGUACUUUUGUCUCUUUGUAGAAAAUCGCAUAUGGGUUCUCGAGUCGAAACUCACUGAAGAUUACUCUCUGCUGUGUGGCAUCCUAAAAAACAUUGGUUUGGUCCAUUUAGGUAUCGGGUUCAUCACCCCAGACGGAAAUCAGGACGGAGAUCCAGAUGUGCUGGUCCACUACCAACAGAUCAAGCAGGAAUCCGAAGACGGUUUCAAAUCGCUGCAGGAGGGAAGCAAGGUAGCUCCACUUAUAUUUCGCAGAACUCCCACUAGAUGGAAGCUCGACUCCGUAUGGCACAACCACCACUGACGAAUUGUUUCCUUCUUCUUUCCACCACGGGAAAUCGCUGUUCGCCCAGUCCAAAACCAUUCUCCUCAACGAAACCGCUUCUUUCCAUCAAACACACACGCACUCUCUCUGAACGGAUUAACAGGUUGAAUUCGAGUUGGCUGAUGACCCGAAAGAUGCCUCCAAGAAAGUCGCUAUCAACGUGACUGGACUGGGAGGUUCCGAUUGCGAGUCCAAGGCAAAGGGGAAGGGCAAAGGCAAGAAGGGAGGAGAGGGUAUUUUUUUUGUAUUGACGAUGAUGUGUGGUAGAUCCAAACUAGUUGUGAUGAGGUUCUGGAAGUCCUCAACAUUUCAGCACUUUCUCAAUAGAAUUUUUUCUAUCACCGAUGUCUCUUGUCACACUACUUGCUGUCGGAAAAUUUGUCCGAUCAUGGAAUCCUGUUCUUAUCACGAACCACACCUUCCACCCAGGUAAGAAGGGAAAGAAAGGCAAGGGCAAGGGUAAGGGAAAGAAGGGCGACGAUGAGGACUCGUAAUCGCUCUACUAUCGGAAAUAGAUGAAGAAAAGAGGAGAAGGAUACAGCCUGACGUGGUGUUGCGCUAGCCGCUGUGUCUUUCGAUUGAGGUUGGGAGGCGACGAAGCUGCUGCGGGAGUACAUGUUGUAACCACCGCGUUCGAAGCAGAAGCAGUAGCACGAACAGUCUGCGGAUAAGUACCAGCAUCUCCAACUUCAUGUUCGAAAAACCACAACAAUUAGCAUGACACCACAGAAGGAAAAGUCUCUCAGAGGUGCAAGGGAUUAUAGAGGAGGAAGAAGAGGAGGAAGUCAACAAUUUAGAACUAGUUUUUAGUACGCCAUGCAAGAAGGUACAUCGACAUCAGAUCAAUUCCAUGUUACCCGCCUAGAAAUACCGCUGCCACUGGUAGAAGAGCUGUGAAGGACGAUUCUGAGCAAUUCUAUCGCGCUGUCCACCAUCCGCUAAUAGGGGAAGGAGUUAAUCCCACUACCCUUUUGCAUCAUAGCUCGACGUCUUCGGCAGCUGGUCGUACCUUUUCAUGGGCUGCUUUUCUGACGCAGUUGCAAUAAACUACUAGCCCUGUAGUAGUACGUCCUACAGUACUAUCUUCACUACCGCAUCUACUACAACGAACAGUACUAUCUUCACAAGCAACUUGUGCUUUGUGCAACGAACUCAUCAAGCAAGUUGGUAGUAGUUCGUCUUGUGGAGACGUACAAAAAAAUUGGGGAUCAGCUUGGGGAUUUUCUUCGCAACUUCUACCAACUUGAACUUUCCAGAAGCCUAGUACACUCGCAGGAACUCGCAGGAGGAGGUGCUUUAGUUCUGCAGCACAGAUCUUCUCCCGCCAGAUGAAAGAUGAUGAUUCACUAGAUUUACUGCUGUUACUGUGUUACAUCGAACGUUACAUUAAAAAGUUAAUUAUGACCUCCCCUAUCUAUCGAGCGUUUAGGUGGAUUGGGUCAUUUCCCCUUUUCAAUCUGAUAUGAAAGGAUGACAGGAUGAAGUUCCAUGAGUUGUGAUGACAGUGGCCCUCUGAUCGUGUUUCAGAAAUACUCUGUUAAGUGAACUUGUGUUGAGUCUUAAUCUAGUACUACUGAAGUACACAAAAUAAUUCACUACCGCAAUUGAAUUCUAGCAUACUGUGGUAUGUUGUUAGCUAGGAGUAUGCGUUCGCUUUUGAUAUUGCUUUCUUCGCUGUGACAUGUUGAAAAAAAUAUUCGUUCACUACUAAUUAUCCUCACAAUUUUUAUCGAAAUAUUCGCUUGUUUGAGUUUCUACUGCCAUUUAGAUCUUCACUGUUGAUUCAGGUCAUGGCUUACCUUGUACACUUACUCCGCUGACUACAAAUCUGAACGAACAUGCUACCUGCUACUCAAAAAGUGUGUGUCAACUGACUGUUUUUAUUGAUGAUGCUGAAUCGUUGUUUACAUGCUCGUGGUAGUCUUAAUAUCAAAUAAAUGGUUGUCUCUCUAUUUGUCAUGCUAGCUGCUACUUAGUAAGUACCCACAUGUGUCGUGGGGAUUAUGGCUUCGUGGUUCUGUAUCAAAUCACCCGUCCGUCGUGGUCGGUGCUGUUGGGGCAUCAGGGGGAACUUCAUACGAACAUUCGCAUUACGUUUUGGAUGUUAGAACUUCCUCCUCGAAGUCCUCGACCCCAACCUGCCACGAUCGGGCGGUAAAAUGAUAUGCGCACCAUGUCUCUACCCGGGUCACCAUGGAACCCGGCAGUUACUUGUAGCUGCUACGUGGUUCGAAUGAAUGAGUAAAUACGCAGGUAAUAAAGUGGGUCGCUACUAAUAAAUCAUAUCGAAUUCGAAAGAUUGAGAUUCGUUUUACAGUCAUUUUUUGUCUGUCAUGUUGAAGUGAAAAAAAUCCAGCAUGAUGUAGCGGGAGUGGUCACGAC